CUUCCAUCAUCUUCGCGACCCAACCAUCAACACCAACCAAAUCAGUUACCACAUUCAUCAUGGGUUCCGUCGUUCUUCCCCAUCUCAACACUGGCUGGCACGUCGACCAGGCGAUCCUCUCAGAGGAGGAUCGCCUCGUCGUUAUCCGCUUCGGCAGAGACUGGGACCCAGACUGCAUGCGCCAGGACGAAGUCCUCUACAAGAUCGCCGACAAGGUCCGAAACUUUGCCGCCAUCUAUCUCUGCGACAUCGACCAGGUGCCCGACUUUAACCAGAUGUACGAGCUGUACGACCCAUGCUCGCUCAUGUUCUUCUUCCGCAACAAGCACAUGAUGAUCGAUCUGGGUACCGGUGACAACAACAAGAUCAAGUGGGUGCUGGAGGACAAGCAGGAGCUCAUCGACAUCUUUGAGACUGUUUACCGAGGAGCCAAGAAGGGACGCGGUCUCGUCGUUAGCCCCAAGGACUACUCCACCCGACACCGCUACUAGAUACCAGGAAGGAGGUUAUUUGGAUUUUCUCUGUGAUAGAGGGUGUCAGGCGUGGGUAUGGCUUUUUUACUUUUGAGGUACUAAUGUUUGCUGCGGUUGGAACUGAGUAGCAGCUUCGAAUACGAAACGAACGUUUUCCGUCCAA